AUCAUCUUCAUUAUCAUCAUCAUCAUCAUCUUCUUCUUCUUCUUCAUCUUCAUCUUCAUCUUCAUCUUCAUCUUCUUCUCUCCCCUCGAAUGACUCUCUCUCUCUCUCCUUCAACACCGCCGUCUACGUAUCAUUCCGACCCUCUUCUUUCAUUCUCUUAUCUUUCUUGAUUGUUACUUUCUCUCUCUCUCUCUCUUUCAACCCUACGCCUGACAUGCUGCUACGGCUCUCUUAAACCACCCCAUCCCUGCCCUCUUUAACUAGUUAUUUGCUCCACCGGAGCUUUUAUUUACACAAACAAAUAUCACGACACGAUUAUGGCGCCCCUUGACGACAUCCAGGUCGGAGACCUGGUGAACGUGCCAGGGGGCAUGUACGGCACUGUCAAAUUCCUAGGCCCCGUCGCCGGCAAACCUGGCCGCUUUGCUGGUGUUGAGCUGGCCCCAGAACACGCCGGGAGAGGGAAGAAUAACGGCGACGUCGAAGGCCGGAGCUACUUCACCACCUCCCAGCCAGGCUCCGGCAUCUUCGUGCCCAUGAAUAAUAACAGAUAUGUCUCCAAACGAACUGCAUCCAUGGGCAGCACACCGCCCACGCCCUCCAAGCCCCCCUUUAGCAAAUCUGUCGGCCCAGGCGCAGGCCCUGGCCCGCUGUCUGUAAACAGACCCAAGUUCAGACGCCCAUCCCUCCCACGACCUGAAUCCCCGCGGGCCCCUCCACCGAAAUUGAACCUGACCGCUCUACGAACACCGUCCGCAUUUUCCAGGAGCACUUCUGCCCAUGGAGGCGUUCCUCGAACGCCGCUCAAGACUACCCGUCCACCCAGCCGCCCGUCAUCCAGAAUUAGCGUAGAAAGCGGCAUUAACACCCCCGGCUCAGUAAGGCGGCAUGACAUAAGAACACCCGCGUUUGACGAUAGUGAGUCCGUGGAUAGGAUCAAAUUUCUAGAGAAACAAUUGCGAGAUCGUGAUAAGCAGCUGGAAGAACAGGCGUUGACUCUCGCGGAAUUUCAAAAGAGUAUUACAGAGCUAGAGGGUCUGGAUGCGCUACAAGUGCGGGCACAACUCCGCGAGAAAAACGAGAAGAUUGCGGCUCUCACGGCGGAAUUCGAUAGCCACCGCGCAGACUUUCGUAGCACCCUGGAUACUCUGGAAGUGGCCGCAUCGGAGACUGAGAGGGUCUACGAGAGAAGACUAGAAGAGUUGAUGCAGGCUAAUAGGGAACUACAAGAUCGUAGUGAGGAUGUUGAAACCGUUGCAAGGCAGCUUAAACAGUUGGAGGAACUGGUUUCAGAACUUGAGGAAGGUCUUGAAGACGCUCGCAGGGGUGAGGCGGAGGCAAGAGGAGAAGUGGAGUUCCUCAGGGGUGAGGUUGAGAGAACUAGGCUAGAGUUGAAGCAGGAGAGGGAGAAACCAUCUUCCUCAUAUAAAGGAGCCGGGGGCGAUGGGUAUGCCAGUUCCAAGGACCUAGACCAAAAGGAUGAUGAAAUACGCGGCCUAAAAGCCAUCAUCCAUUCCCUCAGCAGGGGCGAACCUCCCGGCCUCGCGCAGAUGAAUGGUGGAUCUGCCAAUAACGGAGACCACCAGGACGCUGACCGCGUCGCUAGACUGGAGCGUCGCAUCGAGGAGCUUGAAAGCCUUACGGAGCGCAAAUCUUACCGCAUCGAAGAACUGGAGCGCGAGCUCGACCAGAACCGUCCCAGCCGCAACCGCAGCGGUACCAUAACCACCUCACCACUCAAACAACAGCGACAUAACAGCGCUGGCACGGGCAGCGGCAUGGGUGGGCCCAACCACACCCACACCCUCUCCGAUCGCACCGUCGUCCCUAAUGACUGGCACGACACCACCUCCCCACCCGCCAGAAACAGCAAUGGCCAUAGCCAAUACCCCCACUUCUCCCCACCGCACCGCAACGAACCCGUCCGCCACCAGCAGCACCUCGAGAGCAUGCAGGAAUCCGACUCGCGCUCCUCAAGCACAGAUGAGGGCGGCGCGCUCUGGUGUGAGAUCUGCGAAACGAGCGGCCAUGAUAUCCUGACCUGCACGAAUAUGUUUGGUUCCGCUGCCGCGAAUGCGAACGCGGCGGGUAAGUCAGUUGCAAAUACCGGCAACAACACCACCAAUAAUAAUAGCAAUAGCAACAGCAAUUACGACAACAAUAAUACCUACAACAGUUUCAGCGGCAAUAGCCAUCAUCAACCCUACCAACAAAAUAACUUAAGAACAAUGACAACGACAAAUGGAUACAACAAUACCAAUAAUAAUAACCUCAACGCUGGCGGAAGCCCCAGCUCUCAGCGGACGGGGCGCGAUGUAGUGCUGGAGGGACUGAAGGGUAUUAGCGGGCUGACGGCGUCUAUGUCGCCGGUUGCGGGGAAGGCGUCCGGCGUCAUUGAUGAGUCGAAGUGGUGUGCGCUCUGCGAACGGGAUGGGCAUGAGAGUAUCGAUUGUCCGUUUGAGGAUUAGAUUUUUUUGGCUUCCAUUCUGAGAUCCCUAAACGGGAAUCGAUGCCUAAAUGAAUUAAGUGAGCGGCUUGGAGUAUUCAGGUCAUGAGCUCGCCGUGCUGAGGAGUGUGAUGGGAUACUACGGGUUUUAUAUAUCCCCAUCCUCCCUUUUUCCUGUCGUCUCGUGUCUUCUCCCAUUUUCGCGAAAUGUCAUCCAUGGUCCAGUGCGGAAUUUAUUGCAGAGUAAUUUCCCUUUUUGUUUUUUUGUAUCGUUGUGGAAUCGAACCCUCCCUUCUUAUCUCCCUGACUCGGAGGCCUUUCGGUGCUUUCAUCUUCUGCGCUUUUUUUUUUUUUUUUUUUUUUUUUUUUUUUUUUUUUUUUUAUAUUUUUUUUAUGCUUGUGGCCAUUUAAUGCUGAUUGAUGUAUUUCAACUGACAGUGACUAAUUAUUGCACUUCUUAUUCCUGUACCUUUUUUUUAUGGCCCGCCCCUCCUUCUCACCAUCAACCCUCAAUGAAUUCUACAUCUACAACCCCAAACCACUAUUCUCUGUUCUUCUAUCUUUCUAUUUCAUUUUUUCCUCUCCCUUCUCAUUAUUUUUCUAUUAUCUUUCCUUUUUUGUUCUAUACAAUCUGUUGUAAUUCCUUGCCCUAUUUUCUAUAUAUUUGUAUAUAUAAUACCAACCCAUCGCUAGCUUUCCCCAACAACCCUUCGGCUCUUUCAUGUCCUAUCACAUACCAAACCUUCGGAAUAUAUCUUAGUGUUGGACUAAGCAUCAGCCGUCUUCUCCCAAGUUACGUUCUCGGGCAUCCCGACCUAGCUCCAAUGGUAUAUCCCAACUUUACAGCAUCAGUGCGAAAGCUAUCCAAUUCAUUCCAUCUAAGGUCGGACGGAACAUUCCAAGAUUAUAAAGUCCAAAAUAAAGUUCAAAAAGUUGCGGAACGGGGUAUAGCAAUAGAAAUUCAUAGACUUGGGACUUCAACUUCGAUUUCACGGCCCAUCAUAACCAACGAAAAUAUCAAUCAGCCGGCUGAUCUGAUAAAUCUUGACAACCACCUCCCCCUCCCCUUUUCUUCCCAAACCUACCUAUCUCCGCAACCCCAAUCCCCCCGUCGUUCACUCCGGAAACCUCCCCGGCUGCACCACCUCCCCCUCCGCAUACCUUACAGCCGCCACCUUCCCACAGCCCCCACAUGUCCUCUUCCCCUCAUCCGCCGCAAACUCCUCCACAACCUCCUUAACCUGCGUGCCCAGGUCCGUACACACAAACCUCUUUUCCCAAACCACCCCCUUGCACCCGCCACAGUACCACCGCAUGACAUCCUCCGCCCCGGCCGCCCUCGGCAUCUCGACGACAAUACCCACCGUGUCCGCGAAGCGCACGGGGCAGUGCGGCGUGUUUGCCGGCAGGAGGAACAGGGAGCCUUCGUGGAUGGGGAUGUCGCGGAAGGUCGGCGGGGCGGUGGUUGUGUCGACGGUUUUGAGGAGCAUGGCGCCGCGGUGCUGGUAGAAGAAUUCGGGCGUGCUGUUGAUGUGGUAGUCUGUGCGCGCGUUGGGGCCGCCGACGACCAUUACGGUGUAGCCCUCGGUGGCGGGGGAGGAAGGGUGGUAGACGCAGUAGUUGUUCACGGGGGGUUGGAGGAGGUGGGCGUUUUGGGAGAGCCUGUGAGAUGAGAUGAGGGGGGUUAGUUAAAAAUGAAGUGUGUGGGUGGAAUGGCGCUUGCUGCUUGUCUUCUCUUCUUUCUUCUUGGUUUUUUUUUUUUUUUUUGUUUUUCUUUUUUCCUCUUUUUGUCUUCUUUCUUAUUGGGCGGGGCAUGUGCAUGUAUUUAAAUAUGUAUAGUGGGAUGGGUUACCAUUGCGGCAGGUUGAGCGCUGGCGGGAGCAUUGUAGCUGGUAGCUUGGAGUGCGGAUCCCCCGCAAUGUCCGAUGCGGGCAAACGGAGGGUUGGGUUGUGUAAAGAAAGGAGUGGAAUAGGUCAGGAGUUGGCGAUCGAUUUCGAUUUAUGUACGGGCAGUGAGAUCUCAGUUCCAGGAGACAGAGAUGCAAUUCGCACUGAGUCAAAGGCAGUUUUUGGCCAUGUCAAAUUUCUGUUGCUGCUUUUCCAGAUCCAACUCUGUUAUAUCUAUGAAAUUCGGAGGUUUGUCUCCCCGCGGUGUCAUGGAAAUACGCUAGUUACAGCGGUUGAAGGGUGCUAUUUGUAUGCCAUAAGGAUAAGGUUCGGUAUUACGCAUAUACUCCAUACCGGUCCCCGUCAGAAUUCGGAUAAAUGUUUAUCCACCCAUAUUUUUAUAUAUUUUUUUGAACUGUCAAAAACGCAACGCC